CUAUAGCGGCACACGCACUAGCAGCUGCAGUUGUUGGUGUCAUAUGAUACCGUAUAGGUGAGUUGAUGUUAUUUACUGCGGAGAAGCGUUUUUCCGAGCUGCGUGACGAGAACCAGUGCAAUUUUCUUCGCAACCAAGCCAACGUUUUCAUUGCAAAACGCGACAGUAUUAUGUGAGGUGAAUAUUGUAAUGAGAGGAGGCUUCAUACAUUAUUGCUUUGCUCGUCGUUCUGUUAUUGCGUCUUUCGCUGCAAAUAUGAAUAACAGCCUACUGGGCUGUGCCAGAGAACAGUGACGCAUAUUUCAUAUAAUCGGGCCUAAGUGGCAUCGCGCGGGUGUACUGCAGGGGGUAUUGUGCACAAAAUACAAGGAGAUAAUGGCGGCCAACGAGACAUACGGUACGUUUUUUUCAGAAACUUCGAGAUUGGUACCGGAUGGUGCACUGUCCGAAGGGCCUUUGAAAAGAAGCAGACAGUGUACCAACCAAUUUUGGCUCUUCGCAUUCUCUGUUUUCGCAAUCAUUUGGAUAUCAAUAGCCAUUCAUACGAUUUCAACUGGAAAUAUACAAAAGCUAAUCGUACCGACCGACAGCGAAGGGAGAAAAUGCGGCAUCGACUUGGACGUGCAAGACAAGCCUUAUCUUGUAUUCUUCGACUUGACCAAGUGCGUCAACAAUAGAUGCGAUACGACGCAAGUUUGCCAAACGAAAUGCCCUGACAGCAACUUUGUGUACCAAAGUAGCAGCAACGAUACUGUUCUACCGGCAGAUGUAAAAAACAAAUUGAUAUGCCAAAUCGACGUCAACGUUGAUCUUAUAAAGGAUUGGAGCACAUUGGAUUACUACGUUGCUCGAGGAAAAUGCGCCAACUGGUACCUCAAGAGUAAACCGAUAAUCAAACGAUGUAUUCCCGAAACUCCAAUACCUCUCGAAUUCAAUUCCACAAUUACGAACGAUCAGCUAAAGAACGCGACGAGCAUAGUUCUGCAGCUGGCGAAUUUCGAGAAAAACUUGGAGAAUAUAUAUCACGACGUUAUUGCAACAGGAUAUCCGAUCCUCGGAUUUAUUGGUCUGAGUGCAGUAUCAGCCUUUUUAUACAUAAUUUUGUUGAGGUGGCUAGCUAAACCAUUUGUUUACGCUACGAUUAUUAUAAUCUGCGCUUUCCUAGUCUACUUGAUUUACGAAUCGUCGGUCCAGUAUUCUAUACAAGAAUCUUCGGAGUGGAUAUACGUUCUUGUAUUUUGUAUAAUCCUACUCAUCGUCGUUGUAUUAUCGACAAUUUUCUUGCGCAAGAAAAUUACUCUGGCCUGUCAGUUGAUCAAAGAAGCGAGCAAAGCUGUAGCCUGCAUCUGGUCAAGUUUAUUCUUCCCUUUUGUCACAUGGAUACUCCACGUAAUCGUCGUGGUUGCCACAGCAUCAGUACUGCUUUAUUUGUGGACAAUGACAAAUCCAAAUUAUCAAGUCCAUCUUCAGGAAAUGGUACCCAACACGUGCAUCUGUCCGCCAACGCUCAAUUACACCAACAAUGCUACUUGUGAUCCAGAGAUAUUCAAAUUAGAAUGUCGCGAUGUGAACGGCGGCCAAUGCGUGUCGGCAGGCUGUUACUUAACUUCUGUGACUAUUCCUGAUCGAAUUUACUUAUAUCACACAAUUAAUUUUAUUGCAUUUUUAUGGUUUUCAUUUUUCGUAUCGGCAUUCGAACAAAUGAGUCUUGCUGCAGCAUUUGCAGCAUGGUACUGGACAUUCAACAAACACAAUGUCCCUACCUUUACUCUUGUGAAAAGUACUUGGAUUUCAUUGAGGUAUCACAUAGGUACUUUGGCUUUUGGUUCACUCAUAAUGUGGAUUAGUGAUAUUAUUCGCAUUCUCACAAAGCCAUUCACUUCUGACUCCAAUGUGUUGCCUAAUCAACCAUUACUAUGCAUUAGAGCUUUUGCUGAUGUUAUUAUGAGCUUCCUGCAAUAUGUUAACCGAAAUGCAUACAUAAUGUGCGCUAUUCAUGGAAAAAACUUCUGCUCUUCUGCAAGAAAUGUAUUUAAGCUUAUAACCAGGAAUAUAGUUCGAGUCGUCGUUAUAACCAAUGUCACUGACUGGCUACUCAGAAUCGCAAAUUACUUCAUUGUGAUUAUUACUGUUGUCUUAACCUUGGGAUAUUAUAGCAAUAAAGAACCUGGUACCAUCAAUGAUUUGAAAGUUCCAGUGGUGAUGGCUUUCUUGGGAUCCUACUUAAUAACAAGCGUUUUCUUCAAAGUACAUAGAGCAGCAGUAGAUACGCUUUUCAUUUGCUUCCUUGAAGAUUCUGAAUGCAAUGAUGGCUCGGUAGAAAAACCAUUUUAUAUGAGUAUGAGACUGAAACAAUUAUUGAAAAAGUGAUUGCAAUAUUAAUAUUAGUUUGUGAUAAGUAAUAAGAAAACAGACAACAAUAUUGUUUAUAUAAACGAGUUGUAUUUUCUGAAUUCACACAAUUAUACGUUGUUUAUACAAAAAGAUAAAAAAUUAACAUAAUAGUCUUGUGUUAUACUGUAAUACAUACUUAAAAUCCGUUUGCAUACGCUGCAGAUAACGUAUAUAAACAAUAAUCAACACAUUAUGAUGAUAUAUUUCAUACCACUCUUAGAUUAUAUAGAAAAGGCACAUACGGCGUUUUAAAAUUAUACAUAUACAGGAACUGGACAGUCAAAUAUUAAAAUAAAUUCAUUUGACUCGAGAA